AUGAAGUAUGGUGUUAAAUCGGAUGAAGUGAAUGAUGAUGUUAAAUUGGAUAAAGUGAAUGAUGGUGUUAAAUCAGAUGAAGUGAAUGAUGAUGUUAAACCAGGUGCUCGGCUGAUUAUUGUCGAGGAAAAUAGACUUUCUCCACGAUUCCGGAGCCAAUGGUAUACUUUGUUUUUCGAUUCGGACAACUUUUUCCCUGAUUUUACUGUUGCUGUACUGUUACAAAAAACAUGCUUCCACUCGGAAUUUGGACGAAUCGAGUUCAUUUUUGAGUCCUUUGGCCCGUUUGUAGGCUACCAUAUGGCUAGUAACGAGGAUCACCCACAUGGUGAUGAGACCGUUGGUGGUGCGGAAAGGGAAAUUAAACGUGGAAUAACGGUUAUGAAGAAAGUUAUUCGAGAUAGAGAUCGAGGCGUUUUAAUAAAAGUGCAUUGGAACGAAGGUGGACAACUAAUUGAGCCUAACGGUUCAACAUUGACAAGUUUUAUUGGUGCAUUGGUAAGGAAUGAAGUUCCAAUUACUUGUGAUAAUUGGAGAAAUAAACAAUUGAACGAAGCUAAAGACAAAAUAUGGAGUGAGAUAAAGAGGUGUUUCGACAUCGAAGAAAACAGAAGAGAUCAUUGUCUCAAAUUGGCCGGAAAGUUACUAAGAGGGUUUAGAACCUUUUUAUCAACCACCUUUCUUAGGGAUACGGAAGGUACUUUUGUUGAUGCAGAGCUUCCAUCUAAAUAUGCAAGUUUGAUUUCACCUAAAGAAUGGGAAACGUUUAAAUCCAAACGAAAAACCCAAGAAUUUAAGAGUGUAAGUGAAACAAACCGGCAAAGAGCAUCAAGUCCGGCGUAUCCCUAUAGAAAAGGGCGUGUUGGAUAUGGACGCUUAGAGCAGUCUAUAUUAACAAAGGAGAAUAGUUCUGAAACAUCUCUUCCGGCACAUGUUUUGUGGAAGGAAGCCCGUGUCGGUAAGGAUGGAAAGAUUAAAGAAGACGUUCAACAAAUAUUUGAGAAAUGUGAGACUCUAUCUCAAUCUAUAGUUCCAUAUGAAGACACUGAUUGCAGGAGCAUACUGAGUCGAGCAUUAGAUGUUCCCGAGUAUUCUGGUCGGGUGAGGGGCAAGGGAUUUGGGAUCACUCAAAAAUCCUUGAAUAUUAAAAAACAAAAGACUCCUAGCAAUAAAGAACUGCAGCAAACUUUGGAAGCAUUAAAAGCUGAAGUUCUUGAAUUAAGAAAGGAAAGAGAAAGAGAUCGAGCAGCGGGUUUUAAAGAUACUAGUGACAAAGAUAGUAUCAAUUGUAAUUUUCAACCGACUAUUCCAGAGGGCAUUUCACCUUGUCACCUCUACUUAGCGAGACCGACUUAUCGGAUGGUUGGCAAGGGGAAAGUUCAUAACAAUUUGGGUGAAUUACUUCACACUAAACCGCUCCCUACUGGAUCUUUGAAAGUCUCGGUUGAUAUUGCUUUGGAGAAGGAUGCGUUAUUACCACAUCCUGACGAUGUUUCGGAUGCAACUUUAUUGGGAGAUGCCAUAGGUUCAUUUGUUGCAUGGCCGACAGACCUCAUUAUCGUAGGAUAUGAGACUCCCACAAAAUCCAAAGCAAAAGAUAAGGGGAUUGCGCGGGAAAUCGAGUCAGUUGCAUCGCAAAAAGAGAUUCCUGUUGCUAAGAAGACUGAAAUUUCCAAGAGGACCGGGGCUAAAAAGAAAAAUCCUUCCAAGUAUAGAGCGUGCCUCCAUACAUAUUUAGAAACGACAGAUAUUUCGGAUGGAUGUGUUCGUUUAAUACCUAUGGAUGGAGCUAUUUUUGGUUUUGAGUAUGCCGAGCCAUUGGGUAAAGAGGAUUUUGAUCAAAUUUUGUAUCAUACGCAAUUAAGCGUUGGUGUUAUCAACACAUACAUGAGGUAUUUAUAUGACAAAUUGAUGGGUCCGCGUGGGUUGGAGCAAAGAUUCUCAUUCUUAAAUCCCAUGAAAACGAACUUAACCGAAAUGAUAAGAAAACCAGAUGAAGUCAGGACGUAUGUAGUCGAGCGCUUUAUGGCCGACACAGAUAGAGAAAAGUUGUUCUUUUUACCGUUUAAUACCGGCGACGGUGGACAUUGGUUGUUGGUCGCGAUAAAUCCUUUUAAAGAAAUUGUGUAUUAUUUGGAUUCUUUACACAAGGAUUGGACAACAUACCCUGCUAUGAAGACGAUAGUUGACACCAUUAUACAAACUGUUCGAGCACAAAGAAAAAUUCAAGUACCAAAGAGAAAAGCCAAUAACAUUACAUGGAAUAGAGUGGAGUGUCCUCGACAGCGUAAUAAUAUAGAUUGUGGAUAUUACACGUUGAGGUUUAUGAAAGAAACUCUUCUUAUGGAUCGAACAGAUAUUCCAUCUGAUUACUUUGAUGAAUAUAGAUGUGCUUAUUACUCAAAAGAUCAGUUGGAUGAAAUUAAAGAGGAAUUGUGUCAAUUCAUUAUCGAGCUACAGGUUUUGUGAG